AUGGCCGAGGUAGCCCAGCAAGCGGCAUCGAGGUCUGAGUCCAAGGACUCUAAUAUCGCAACAAACCCUGUCGGUGAGGAUGAAGGCUAUGAUUAUGAGGAAUUCGUGGAGGUGGUACACGCUAUCCUCUGGGACAUACUCGAUCAAAGGCGGCCGUUGCUGCGUCGACUUAUUAAUGCAAAGCGACUUAUUGAUGUUCCUCCUCCACCGCCUAAAAGUAGUGUUACAUCGCGAAAGACACCGGUUGUGGACGGUAACGCGCUGUUGGAAGAAAUCAUCGAGGAAAUAUUUACGAUAGAUGAGGAGCUGAGGAACGUAGAUAGUGACAUACUCCGGGAACAACUGUUCCGAUUAUGCAGUACGUUUGCAAUAUGA